CUCGAUACCGAAUGCGGUUGGACCGCCCCUUCCCCUCCCAACCCCACCGAAUAUGGGACGAUGUGUCGACAAGGCCACAUGCACAUGCUCACGAAUCUUUAUAAGGCUUUCUGUUUCAUCGUCUUGUCUCAGGCUACAGUAAGUAUAGGAUCAGCCACAAAUAUUAAGCCUGGGCCCCAAGGAGAACCAUGCGCAUGCGAUAACAGCGUGUAUCCCCCCCUUUUUUCCUAUGUUAUAUCAGACGUGAAGCCCUCUGUUACGGGUUUCUUGUUGAUCCAAGUCUCAGGCUUUGCCCUCCUCUCUCUCUCCCAUCGUCGUCCUAACCUCUUGUAGGAAUGUCAGAAUCAAGGCUGCACUACAAUCUGAUACUGAAACAUGGGAAACGUUACGCGAAGCGAUCGAAGUUAUCAAGAGAGAGCUCGCCAAAGCCAGAGAACUUUUAAAGAGUCUGUUUCGAAUCAUCACUGAACUACUACGCCUUCUAUUGGACGCCGUAAGGCCGAUGGUUGUGAACGUUUUAGACACAUCGGCAUCCAUUAUCAAUGAGGGUAUCCUUACUUCAGAGGCCCGCAGUUGUUCCACUUUAUGGGACUGGAUCAAAUGGAUGGGUAAAGUUGUGCUAAAUCUAGUU